AGGUAAUUGAAACCAACCCUAAGCUCCUUUUAUCUCCACUCUAAAGGUAGCCCCGAUUAUUGCUAACUUAAGCAUUGGAGUGUCUACCCCGAGUUCAACCUCGGGGCUUUGUAGGUCAAUCUGGAGUGCAAACGUGGAUUGAAGAAGGAGUUCUGGUUUGGUGCAAUUACAUUUGGUGCCGUCUGUGGGAAACUGAAUUGAAAGCUCCCUUGUUGCUCUCAUUAUGGUUAACACUCGAUCAGUCCGAGCUAGAAACUCAUCUCAGCCUCUUGGACGAGAAGGAGGAGAUGAAAAUCAACCACACAAUUCAGCUCACAAUUUAGCUUCUACUGCUAACCAAGAUGUAGUUGCAGCUCAGCUUGCUUCCAUGCAACAACAGUUUGCUCCACAGCAAAACCUUGAACCAGUUCUGCAUGCUCCUGCUCUUAGUGAAUCUCAAGGUCAAUCUCACAUAGAGCCAGCUCAGCAACCCCUUCCUGAUGAUGUCACUCGACGUCUAGACAGCUUAAAAAAGCUAGUAGCUGAACAGCGAGGUGCCCCACCUCCACACCAUGCUGCUGACUCCGUACCCCACCCUCUGAAUACCAACAUCACACUGAAACCCUACCCUGCUGGCUUUAAGAUACCUCAGCUUGAGACUUAUGAUGGGAUGAAGGAUCCCAAUGAUCACCUACAUGCUUUCUACUCUUUCUACCUCCAAGGUCAAUCAACUCUCAUACAGAAAUGGCGUCUGCUUUUUCCACAAAGUUUUCCAGUAGAAGUAUUGAAAGUUAGCUCCUUCGACCAUACUGUGGGAAUUGCAGCUGUGAUCUCAGGUCUUAACCAUGAGAGAUUCAUAGAUAGUUUGCUUAAGCAUCCUGCCACUACCUUUAGCAAGGUGAAUGAUAGAUCCCUCAAAUUCAUAACUGUUGAGGAAUAUGCCUUGUCGCAGAAGCCAACUCCCUCUAAGAACCAAAACCCAGACUGGAGAGAUGAGAAUCCGAGCAGGAUGAGGACAGCACAGAGCCCAAGGCCUGAUGCCGACCCCCACACCAAGAUUCGAAAAGUCGAACUCAGCACCUCCACAACAGUCUGCAGUGCACCUGACAUCAUGUACUACCACUAUUUUGAGAGCCUAUGGAGCUCUACUAUAACGUUACGAUGGUCCCAUAUAUGGCUUCAACAACCAACCAGUUCCAGUCGAAGGGAUCCUAACCCUGAACGUUUCAUUUGGAAGUGGCUGAACCUAUGUGACUUCUUCAGUUUGGUUUCUGGUGGUCAAGAUGCCUUCCUCUUUCAACGUUCAACACUCAAAGGCAACCAAGAAGUGGCUAGACAUUGUUAUCUCACUUUGGCCACAAGGCCACAGAAAGACAAAGACCAACCAGCAGAAAACCCUCCACAGGAAAUCCAUGACAAUCAGCAAGUGAUGGGGUUGAAAUCCUUGAUAACCGACCUGAGGAUGAAACCCGAGCUGCUUCGGGCAUGUCCAAAAGAUUGUUACCCAAUGCCAAACAUUGAUAAGUUGGUUGAGGCAGCUUCGGGAAACAAAAGAUUAAGUCUCUUGGAUGCAUACUCUGGCUACCACCAGGUUCUAAUGGCUCUUGAGGAUGAAGAAAAAACCUCAUUCUAUGCCGGCGAUGAAAUCUAUUGCUAUGUGAUGAUGCCCUUCGGCUUGAAGAACAUAGGUGCCACUUACCAAAAGAUGGUUACUAUCGUAUUCCGAGCUCAAAUAGGCUGGAAUCUGGAAGUUUAUGUUGAUGAUAUCGUGGUGAAGAGUUUGAAAGCUGAAGAUCACUUAACUGACCUCGAAAAGACAUUCAACAAUCUCAGAAAGAACAGAAUGAGGUUGAAUCCAGCAAAGUGCAUCUUCGGUGUGGAGUCAGGAAAAUUUCUAGGCUUCAUGGUGUCCAGAAGAGAGAUUGAGGUUAACCCCAAGAAAAUCAAAGCAGUAGCCGAGAUGGAACCACCGAAGUCAAUAAAAGAUGUACAGAGGUUGACAGGGAGAGUGAAGGAUGAAUCUGGCAAACAAAAGAAAUUCGAAUGGAAUUUAGAAUGCCAAGCUGCUUUUGACGAGCUGAAGUUUUAUUUUAGCUCACCCCCUUUGCUGACAAAGGCUAAUGAGGGAGAAAUCCUUUACUUGUACCUCGGCAUAUUAGAUGAAGCCAUCAGUUCUAUGCUAGUGAGAGAAGAGGGAAAGCAACCGAAGCCAGUUUAUUAUACCAGUAGUGUGUUACACGGAGUUGAAAUCAGAUAUUCUAUUGCUGAAAAAGCAACCUUAGCAGUUAAGCCAGAAUGCUCAGGAAGAUUGAUCAAAUGGGCAGUUGAACUGGGAGAAUUUGAGAUAACAUUCCACCAGAGGCUAGACAGUUGGAUUCUGUAUGUUGAUGGAGCAUCAAGUAACAAAGGUUUUGGCGCUGGUGCAAUCCUACUUGGCCCAGAUGGUGAUUCACAGCUAGUAGUCAAUCAAGUCAACUCAGUCUGUGAAGUGGUUGAUCCUGUUAUGAUGAAGUAUGCAACCCUGGUGGCCGAGCUAAAAUCCAAAUUCCAGAAAUUCCAUUUGAGCAAAAUACCCCGACCUGAAAAUGAGCGAGCAGAUUCCCUCUCCAAAAUGGCUUCUGAUGGCAACCAAAGCUCCAGAUCGGUCUUUGUUUAUAUUCUGGACGAACCUAGCUUCUUAAAGCCAAAAAUGAUGGAGAUCAGCACAGAUCCCAGCACACCGAGCUGGACCGAUCCAAUUAUCUCAUUUUUACGAGAUGGCACAGUGCCUGCAGAUAAACAGGAAGAGAUGAUAUAACACACCUCCCUAGGCACCCUUAGUCCUAGAAGAGUUCGAAAAUAAGAUUUAUAAUAAAGGAUUGCUGCGGAAAUAAAAACACUUAUGAUAU